ACCAGUGGGAGUCCGACCGUCGCCAUGUCCGGUCGCGUGAGAGUGCUCUUGGCUCUCAUCGCCGUGACGAGCACACACGCGUUGAUCGACGAAGCGGUCGACGUGAUCCUUCUGAGUAAACAAAUCGGUGAGGAGGUCCUCAACUCCUGGGAUGUCAUCGGCAAACCGUUCAACGCCACCGGUGGCGUCGAAUUGCCGUUGAUUCGUAAAAGAGAAAGGCAGGUAUUGGCGCGCUUGUCCGAGAUAACGCGUGCUAUUCAGAAAUUAGAGUUGCAAGUGGAUAGAAGUUCGGUAGUCGCCACGCUGCUGGCUAAGAGCGUGGGUAGAGGGGCCCGGCUCGAACUGAGGCUGCACGAAAUGGCCGAUUUGCUGAGUCGCGUGGAAUCAGCCGAUCGGAUGAUGCGGGAAUAUGUGAAGCUACAGCAGGAGCUGGAGAGGAGAACGCUUGAAGACUUUGCAGACUGGUGCGUGUCGCACGACCGCGGCGCGCUGCCGGGCCUCAUGGAGAGGAUCCACGCCUUGAUUGUUCCACCGUAUAAACACCUUUUUGUGCGCGGACUAAUGGAACUCAUUGUGGAUGAUUUAGAGGAGAAGCACCCAGACGUGUGCGACCUGCAACUAUCGCAGCAUCAGCUAAUCUAUGACAUGUAUAACACGAUCGCCCUCACCGAGAUCAAGGGGUACGCCAUGAUGCAGUUCUCCUGGAUGCUGCUCAGGAUAUACGGGAAAGGCAAUUUCACCCAAGAGGCAAGUCUGACGAGACAGCGGUACGGCGAGAGAACUGCGCGCACCGCCGCUGCCGCCAGAUCUGCUUUAUCCAUGGCCAGACGCGACUUGUACAGGUGCGACCCACCGGAGCACAAGGAAGGAGAAACGUACGCCGAGGUGACGCGUCUCCUGCAGGGCUACAUCGAGAACGAGGUGGACAUGAACGCGGACAACACGUGCAGCGAGAACUGCGCCUACUACACGCUCGCGGAGAACCACGGCUGCUUCAAGGACCAGUUCUGCGCCAAGCAGCCCGCCUGCAAGGGCAGGAUCAUCAACUGCCAGUAUAUGGACUCCGACAUGUGGGUCUGCCCCGCGAGUAAAUCCAGUACGCGAAGAUACGAAUGGAUCGAGUACGAAAACGGGCUCACGCUCGGCCACGCGGGCAGCUGUACGCGCGGGACUACUAAGGUCGACUCCUGGUGGAAGUGGAACCUCCUCCACUGCUCGUACUGUUUCUGUCUGUGCGAAGACGAGCUAAGCGUCGCGGAACGCUCGUUCAGUUUGCGCGAAGCGCUCGCCGACGUCGACAAGAACAAGGUGGUGACGGGAAUUCGUCUGGUGAAGUACGGGCGCGUGUUCCACCUGCAGAUCAGCGAGGGCGUGCUGGGCGGGCGCGGGGCGGUGAGCGCGGCCGGCUGGGUGCCCGUGCAGAAGUUCGACGUUAGCGACGCGGGAGUGAGAGAUGGAGUCGACUACCAUACAUUGACUUACGAGAAGAGGGCCGUAGAUUUGGAUGAAUUGGACUCGCCACAAGGUUACAUUCUGACCGGUGUUAGAUUCCGUAUGAUCGGUGCGCACUUACACUUCGAGAUACGCUCAACGCCAUUCAACUAUACGACUGGCAGACUGUCACCAGCUAGGAGCCAGUGGAUAAGCAACGACAACACAGAAGGAGCUGAUACUCCAAGGAGCCGUUUGUCCCUAUACAAGCCGGACAUCCCGACCCGCUCGCACACGCAACUAACCGUGGACUCGAAGCACGACCAGUACGUGGAGUUCACGCACAGCGACUUCGACGCGGACGCAGCGCAGAGCACCGUGCCCUUCGUCGAUAUACAACCCGUCGAACCCACCAAAGGCAGUGCGCUAAUAAGCGGCGCGGGUAUACUGCACCGCGGCGCGCGCGGGUCGGGCGGGUUGCUCGCGCCCAAGCUGCUCACGUACGACUUCUCGCGGCACGUGCGGGCCGACCCGCCGCCCGACAGUGCGGACACGGAGGACUUCAUGCCCGUCGCGACCUUCUAGUGUACUCUUAUACUCAGUUAUGUUAAGUUACAAUAAAGUUAAGUGAUACGAA